AUGCCAAACACUGAAAAAGAAAUCGCCGUGAAAAGAGUCUCGAACAAAUCCCGACAAGGGUUGAAAGAGUUUGUCUCGGAGAUCGUGAGUAUUGGUCGGAUGAGUCAUCGGAACAUAGUCCCUCUCCUAGGUUAUUGCCGCCGGAAAGACGAGCUCCUUCUGGUCUACGAUUACAUGCCUAAUGGAAGCUUAGACAAGUAUUUGUACAAUAGUCCUGAGUUAACACUCGACUGGAAACAGAGGAUUAAUGUCCUUAAAGGUGUGGCCUCUGCUUUAUUCUACCUUCAUGUGAAAUGGGAACAAGUGGUGAUUCACCGUGAUGUAAAAGCCAGCAACGUCUUGUUAGACGUGGAGCUUAAUGGGAGACUCGGGGAUUUCGGUUUAGCUCGGUUGUGCUGUCACGGAUCGGAUCCUCAAACCACACGCGUCGCUGGAACAUGGGGAUACUUAGCCCCUGAUCACGUCACGACAGGACGGGGUACAACCGCUACCGAUGUUUUUUCAUUUGGGGUGCUCCUACUAGAAGUGGCGUCCGGUAGACGUCCUAUCGAGAUUGAUAACGAGAGUGGUGAGAGGGUCUUGCUAGUUGAUUGGGUUUUCGAGUUUUGGAUAGAGGGAAACAUCUUGGAUGCUAAGGAUCCGAAUCUAGGGACGGAGUAUGACCAAAGAGAAGUCGAAAUGGUUUUGAAGCUAGGUUUGUUGUGCUCAAACUCCGACCCACAGGCUAGACCAAGUAUGGGACAAGUGUUACAUUAUCUAAGCGGAGACGAAAUGUUACCAGAUUUGUCACCAUCAGACUUGUGUAGGAGAGGGAUGAUGUUGGGAAUCCACCACGGAGUUAGUGAGUUAGGCAUCGUAUCCACCACGAUUGUCGAUUCUGUACUCUCCGGUGGAAGGUGA